ACAACGGUACAAGGCAUUUGAAUAAGACAAAGUGCAAACAUGGUACCAAAUGUGUCCAGGUUCGAUGCAUAUAUGUUACAGCUCUGAUUACGUUGUAGAUGAAUAGAUUGAGAUUAUCCCCUACCCUAGUACAACUGUACAAGUAUCUCUCUCCUCUCCAUUCUCACACCGCCAAAGAAUUUCAGACAUGGGAGAAGUAGACCCAUCCUUCAUCCUACCCAUCGAACACAGGCCCCAACACUCUACCCUCGAAGCUGAAGCCAUUCCAUUGAUCGAUCUCUCAAUUCUAAUCUCUCCAAACCCUAACUCAGUUGAUCGAUUAAUGGAAUCUCUCAUCGCCGAUAUAGGCGAUGCCUGCAAGAACUGGGGUUUCUUCCAAGUAAUCAACCAUGGAGUUCCAUUAGAGAGCCGGAGAAACCUCGAGAUUGCGGGGGCGAAGUUCUUCGGUCUGUCCGAGGAGGAGAAGAAGAGGGUGAGUAAAGAUGAGGUGAACCCAGUGGGUUAUUAUAAUAGAGAGCAUACCAAGAAUGUGAGAGACUGGAAAGAGGUUUUUGAUUUUUUAGUGCAGAGUCCAACAUUGAUACCGGUGUCGCAUGAACCUGAUGACAAAAGCUUGAAAGAGUUGAGUAACCGGUGGCCGGAGAAUCCUCCCGAAUUAAGGGAGGCAUGUGAAAUCUAUGCUGGAGAAGUGCAAAAACUAGCUUACAAGUUGUUGGAACUCAUCUCUAUGAGCUUAGGCUUGCAAGCGAAACGGUUGAAUGGCUUCUUUAAACACCAAACCACCUAUGUUCGACUCAAUCACUAUUCGCCUUGCCCCACCCCUGACCUAGUUCUCGGUGUUGGUCGACACAAGGAUUCGGGUGCCUUGACCAUCGUUGCUCAAGAUGAUGUUGGCGGACUUGAAGUGAAGAGAAAGACAGAUGGAGAGUGGUUUCGCGUCAAACCUACUCCUAAUGCAUAUGUAGUCAAUAUUGGCGACAUUAUUCAGGUUUGGAGCAAUGAAAAGUAUGAAAGUGUGGAGCACAGGGCGGUGGUGAAUUCUGAAAGGGACAGGUUUACCAUUCCAUUCUUCCUCCACCCAGCACACUACACUAUGGUGGAACCCCUGGAGGAGCUGACGGACAAGCAACAUCCUGCCAAGUACAAGGCAUAUAACUGGGGGAAGUUUUAUGCUGCCCGAAAACGCGGUAAUUUCAGGAAGCUUGAAGUUGAAAACAUUCAAAUCUCUCAUUUUAGGGUAUCAGGGAAAUCUGGUUAAAUGUAUGGAGUCUGUGUACAAAAUAUGCAUAUCAAUAAAGUGCAGUAGCUUUAGCUUCCUUUAGAUUGUGUCCUUUGUAUAUACAUCUUGGACUCUGGAAACAUUGUAUAUACUCCAUGUAGGACCAGCUUCACUAUGAAUGAAAUAAAAGAAGUUUUUUCCCUUUUCUUCUUUCUCAUGGUAUGCUAUCCUUGAAUCUAGUAUUUGCUUGUAAAAUAGUAGUGAUUAACAACAUUGAUUUAGGCUAUGCUUGACACUUUUUUUUGCUAAAAGUGUAUUAUCAUAAUUGUGUCAUUCUUGUUUUUAUCUCUAACAUGUAAUAAUGUGUGUUCUUUUGUUUAAUUUAUAUAUUUUACGCGUUUUAUAGUGAAUUUGGUGUGGUCCCACGAGGGCUCGGUAGGACAUUCAAUCAAACAUUUAGUACAGAAUGCUGAACUUUAUGACACACUGGAAGCUACCAAAACAUUGGGAUUUUGAUAACCAUGGCAUCAAUGAAUCUAGAAAGAAAGACAAUUCAAGUCGAAGAAGCUAUACAAUGGGCUCUCUUAGAUGGAAAAGAAGAUGCAUUAUGGAAGAACACCAAAAUAGAAGGCAGGAACAGCAUAAGCUGGAUUCACCAUUGACAAAGUCGAGCUUUGGUGGAUCACUGUAACAACUGCUCCGACGAGGACGAUGACAAACUCAAUCACCAACUUCAGAACUUCCAUGCACAUCUCCAAUCUCUGGAACACCAUUGCUGCAAUAGUAAUGUGGUUCUUCUGUAGUAGUCUUGCCUUCGGCUCUUUCUCUGUCCAAUCAAGACCAUCUAUAUGUAGUAAUCACCUAUGUAGCUAGAUCUGGCUUUUGAAAAAAAUAGCUGGCUUUUGGAAGUCCCAAGAGACAAAUUUUGGACGGAA